CGAAGUUCAGAUCCCGUUUUACAAACACUUCCUACCCCUCGGACUGUAUUGCUUGCUAUCAUGGGAAGACUCGUCAUUGCACACCACAAAUCCUACCAUCCGUACCGCAGAGACAAUAUCGAGCGCGUGCGCCGCGAUGAGGAGGAAGCAGAGCUGAAGGAAGCUCAGGCGGAGGGGAAGAUGGCGCUGGCUGACGCAGAAGCGCGCAUCGCCCUCCUCCGCGAUAGAGCUGGCAUAUCCGACAAGAAGAAGAAGAGUCGGCGGGAUGAUGACGACAAGCUAGCGAGCUCGGUUCCCAACUCGGUGAAUGCGGAACUGGGGGCGCCGCUACCGAGGACGAACGGGCAUAUUAACUUCUUCGAGGAUUUGGAGCAGUCGAGCAUGGUAGCCGCGAUCAAGUCCUCCAGUGCUUCAAAGAAGGCAGGACCGUCUACAAGCACUGCAGAAGACGACAAGGGGAUCGCGCUCGCGCCAUCAGAAAGGGACUUGAAUCCUUGGUACUCUUCCCGUGAGAUGCCCCCACCCACUGACAAGGAAGAGCAACGGAGGAGACGAGACAGCAAUCGCAAGUCUGCACACGAUCCCCUCACCUCGAUCACCAAGCAACUCUCUUCUCAUCCCUCCCCCUCUUCUUCAUCCGCCUCCAAACGGAGGUCCCUCCCCUCCUCUAUACAACACGCCGAUCCCGUCAUCGGCGAACGCCUAUCGCGCGAGUCGUCCGAGCGACUGCGCGCGCUCGAGCUCAUCCGCCGAAAGAAGCGCGAGAUGCAGGGGAGUGAGACACCCAGCACCGUCCACGGCGGCUACGACGACAUGUUCAAUCGCGACGAAGUCGAAGCCGCGCGCAAAUCUAGAAGAAGGAGCGAAGGUGGCUCGCGAACCCGCGACCGCUACUGGGAUGAUGACAGGAAGGAGAGGGCCAGGCGGGACGAAAGCCGAGGGAGACAUAGCCGGGGAUGGUGAGAGCAGGGCAGGGUAUUGGUGGAUGCUGAGUGGAAGCGCUCGUAUCCCUGGACUCUCGGAUGUUCCUCGAGAGGGACGCAUAGCAAUAGGCCGCCGUAGGUGGCUGCAACCUGUGUGCACGCCAGCUCGGCAGUUGGGCGCGCAACACCCGGUCGGCAAUUGGGUGCGCCAUGCAGCCCUGGGCUAGACGCGCAGAUAUGAGGCCCUGGCGCGCGUCCUACCACUCUUCUGCGGCUUUGGAGACGUUGCAAAGGCACUCGAAUAGCCGUGCGCGCCAAACUUGCCACUCGAGACUCGAGUUGUGGCGCUGAGGCGCCGUACCUUGGUGCUGGACCUCGUACAUUGUAGGUUGACUUGAACAGUGUAGCCGACCCGUAAAACUAUGCCCAGACAUCGCUCGAGCUUGUUGCUGACGCCCAUAG